AUGGCAAUUUCUUCAGGAGCAGCAGCAGCAGCAGCAGCAGCCACCUCAAAGCUCGCAUACCCUCAUGUCUACCCCUCUCCUUCACCCUCCUCCAAUUCUCUCUUCCUCAAAACCCACACACCCUCCACCACCCACCUUUCUUCCUCUUCCAUUCACCCCUCCACCGUCCUCCACCUUGCUCCCACCCCCACCGCCCUUCGCCGACGCUCCUUCACCGUCCGCGCCGCCCGUGGCAAGUUUGAACGCAAGAAGCCCCACGUCAACAUCGGCACCAUCGGUCACGUCGACCACGGCAAGACCACCCUCACCGCCGCCCUCACCAUGGCCCUCGCCUCCCUCGGCAAUAGCGCCCCCAAGAAAUACGACGAAAUUGACGCUGCCCCUGAGGAGCGCGCCCGUGGCAUCACCAUCAACACCGCCACCGUCGAGUACGAGACCGAGAACCGUCACUACGCCCAUGUCGACUGCCCCGGCCACGCCGACUACGUUAAGAACAUGAUCACCGGUGCCGCCCAGAUGGACGGCGCCAUCCUCGUUGUAUCCGGCGCCGACGGUCCAAUGCCGCAGACCAAAGAACACAUUCUUUUGGCCAAACAAGUCGGUGUUCCCAACAUUGUGGUUUUCCUCAACAAACAGGACCAGGUUGAUGACGAGGAGCUUCUGCAGUUGGUAGAAUUGGAGGUUCGCGAGCUUCUUUCUUCGUACGAGUUCCCUGGUGAUGAUGUUCCUAUUGUUUCUGGUUCUGCACUGUUGGCUUUGGAAGCUUUGAUGGCCAACCCUUCCAUCAAGCGCGGCGAAAACCAAUGGGUUGAUAAGAUUUACGAGCUCAUGGAAGCUGUGGAUAACUACAUUCCCAUCCCUCAGCGCCAAACUGAUCUUCCCUUUUUGUUGGCCAUUGAGGAUGUGUUUACCAUCACUGGACGUGGAACCGUGGCCACUGGCCGUGUUGAGAGGGGUACCAUUAAGGUUGGAGAGACGGUUGAUAUUGUUGGCGUGAGGGAAACUAGGAACACAACUGUGACUGGGGUAGAAAUGUUUCAGAAGAUUCUGGACGAGGCUUUGGCUGGGGACAAUGUGGGGUUGUUGCUUAGGGGUAUUCAGAAGACUGAUAUUCAGAGAGGGAUGGUUUUGUCUAAGCCUGGAACCAUUACCCCUCAUACCAAGUUUUCUGCAAUUGUGUAUGUAUUGAAGAAGGAAGAGGGGGGCAGGCACUCUCCCUUCUUUGCCGGUUACAGGCCUCAGUUCUACAUGAGGACCACAGAUGUUACUGGCAAAGUCACUGCCAUUAUGAAUGACAAGGAUGAGGAGUCCAAGAUGGUGAUGCCCGGUGACCGUGUUAAGAUGGUGGUUGAACUUAUUGUCCCCGUCGCUUGUGAACAAGGAAUGAGGUUUGCUAUUAGAGAAGGAGGCAAAACUGUUGGAGCUGGUGUUAUCCAAUCUAUCAUUGAGUAG